AUGUUUACAUCAAAGAAGUUCAGCCGUAACCCUGUGGAUAUUACGGCGCCCGUCCCGCUGGAAGAACGGCGCUUCCCCCUCAAGCACCACCUCGAUGGUGAUACCACGCCAAUCGCUGGCCUGCCCUACUCGUUCGACGACAUACACCUGAUGGUGCUGCUUCCGCAGUACAACAUUACACGGCAGAAGGAGAAUGCACAGACCAAAGGCGGCGUCUUCGCCAACCGCGUCGGCAAUAACGCUGGCAGCGAGAUAUGGGCCGGCUAUGCCCCCACCGACAUGAGCGAGAAGGUCCUCGUGUCUCGCAAUCACAAUGACAAUAUGUCCAACGCCUUGGCCAGGCACCAGGCCAACCUGUUCAUCGCUACCCGUGACAUACCGUUGAUCCUUGUCCUUUUCGGGUCCUUCUUCCUUCCAAAAAGCAAUCCCUGCGAUCCUGGUACACUUCUCAUACGCUCACGAUCUUGCCUCACUAUUGCCGCGCGUGCGACUACACUCGUCCUUCCCGUUCCCCUGUCUUGUCUCAUUCAUGAUGUCGGCUGCCCCCGCCAAAUGAUGGUGGCAAUCCUGGUCCCAGCAAGCACCAGGAUGACGAUGAGGAUUUAA